AUGACCACCGAAAAUCCGCAACAAACACCCCCGAGUUCGUCGCUUGAUUGCGAAGCACGAGAUGGAGAACCCUCGCAGGAAGCUCUCGAGAAGGAAAUCGCCAUCGGUGAUGGCAUGUCGCCUCAAACCAGCAGACCCCUUGCGGAGUCCUUCUCUCUACCACACGAGAUCCUCUUCGUGGGCAUCAUUUGCACUGCACAGAUGACGACCCAAGUCGGCCUGGGCCAAGCACUCAUCAUCCUCCAUGACAUAGGACGAAGCUUCAACAUCACCAAUCCCGUCGAAUUGACAUGGCUGAUUGCCGGAUACAGCUUGACGGUCGGGACAUUCAUCCUCGUCAGCGGAAGACUGGGAGAUAUGUUUGGUUACAAACGAAUGAUGAUUAUCGGGUAUGCCUGGUUCUCGGUCUGGUCAAUGAUCGCAGGACUGGCCAUCUAUUCAAAUCACGUAUUGUUCGUGUUCGCUCGAGUCUUCCAGGGGAUCGGGCCUGCCAUCCUCCUACCAAAUGGCGUGGCUCUCCUCGGUGCAAGUUAUGCGAAUGGCAGUCCUCGGAAAGACAUGGUCUUUGCGCUCUUUGGUGCUUGUGCUCCCGGUGGCUCCAUUAUCGGCUGUGCUUUUGCAGGACUCUUCGCUCUAACCUGGUGGCCUUGGGCGUUCUUCUCCUUCGCCAUUGCCCUCGCUGCCCUUGCAGUGGCCUCAUACUUUGUCAUUCCCAGUCCACCACCACGACCCGAGUUUGACAAGUAUUCCCUCCGGCAGAAGAUUGGGCUCCUCGACCUGCCCGGCGCCGCCGUGGGCAUCACGGCUCUGGUACUGUUCAAUUUCGCAUGGAACCAGGCACCCAUUGUGGGUUGGCAGAAAGCAUACGUCUACGUGACCAUGAUCAUCGGCAUCCUGCUGGUGCCCCUGUUCUUCUACAUUGAGCUCCGGGUUUCCAAAGCUCCGCUCGUGCCCUUCGACGCACUGACGGUGGACGUCGGAUUCGUGCUUUCGUGCAUUGUCUGUGGCUGGUCUUCAUUUGGCAUAUGGGUUCUCUACCUGGUCAACUUCCUGGAAAUCCUGCGCGGCGCAUCACCCUUGCUGACCGUCGCAUACAUGAGCCCCGUGGCCGUGUCGGGGGCCUGCGCCUCGGUCGUCACAGGCAUCCUAUUAUCCAAACUUCGACCCGCAAUGGUCAUGACCAUCGCGCUCACAUGGUUCACCGUGGGCCACAUCCUGGUCGCCACCACGCCCGUCCACCAGACAUACUGGGCCCAGACGUUCGUCUGCCUGGUAGUCAUCCCUUGGGGAAUGGACAUGUCCUUCCCCGCGGCCACAAUCAUCCUCUCCAACGCGGUGCGCAAGGAACACCAGGGUAUCGCGGCCAGUCUUGUCACGACCAUCGUCAACUACAGCAUCUCGCUGGGCCUGGGCUUUGCAGGGACGGUGGAGGUGCACGUCAAUCGCGGUGGGCGCACGCCACACGACAUUCUACUCGGGUACCGUGGAGCGUGGUAUCUAGGAAUCGGGUUCGCGGGUUUGGGACUGUGCAUCAGCAUUGUGUUUCUUUUGAAGGACUACAUCAGAGUCAAUCGGAAGAAGAAUGUCGGUACGCCUGAUUGA